AUGGGUCAAGAUUUCUGUGGCACCUUGAAUCCCAGCGAGCUGCCCAUCGCUGCCAACAAGGACCUGGAGCGGGGCUUGCGAGAGGUGAUUCAGAGGUUGCCAGCCUUGCUACGUGUGCGUGUGGCCCAAGAGACAGCGGAGGUGUCGGACUCCCUUCCACUGGAGCAGCUGCAAAAGCCACCGUCCGACGCGGACAAGUCGUCGUCGAGCUGCAAACGUCACCUGGCAUAG